CUCAAAUAUUCCAUAAAUUAAACACUUUUAUUGCCAUAGAUCUUAGAAAACAUCUUUAAGAUAUCUAAAAUAUCCCUGUUACCACUGAAGACUUUGAAUUCAUUUGCAGCUCUCCGUAACACAGAAUUGAAGUGACUGAAAAUGUCUCUGUUGGAGAGUACUCGGCGGCUAUUCAGCAGCACCUCUCUUGCUAACAGGUACCAUGGACUGAUAAACCAGGGAGCGACAGAUUACUUGAACAGUGUGCUGCAGGUGCUGUUCAUGACCAAGGACUUCAGAGAGGCUGUGACAAGGUACUCUGGAGAAAAUCCUUACUCUGAGUUUAUUGAUCAUCAUCUUAAAGUCUUAUUUGAUGACUUACAGAACUACACAGCAUGCACAUAUAAGAUAACACAGAAGCUGGGCAUUGACAAUGUGUAUGAACAGCGUGAUGCUGCAGAGUGCUUGGAGAGGGUUUUAAGAAUGACCAGUCCGGAUACAUCAAAGAUCUUCCACGGUCAGUUAGUAAACAAGACCACCUGCUCUAAAGAUCAUGUAGAGACUGACAGAGAUGCACCUUUUUGGUUUCUUCCUCUUUCACUGGUGGAUUCCUGCAGUGAAGACUACAGCGUGGUGAAGGGCAUUGAAGAGUUUUUUAAAACUUCAGAUUUCUGUGGAGAAAAUCAGAUGUACUGUGAGCAGUGUGAUGACAAAGUUGAUGGUAGUAUGAGAGAUGUAAUAAAGCAUCAUCCAGAUGUUUUGUGUCUGCUGCUGAAGAGGUUUGAGUUCAACUAUAAUUACAUGUCAUACUUCAAAAUCACCUGUUCUGUGGAGGUUCCCUACACCCUGCAGAUACCAGAGAGUCAGAAAUAUGAACUAUAUGCGUUUCUGGAUCAUUUUGGGGAUCUGAGAGGUGGACAUUACUCUGCCACAAUCAAGAUCCAGGAGGACCACAGAGACAGAUGGUAUCAGUUUGAUGAUGCCAGAGUCACAGAGCAAAAAGAAAGAUACUGCUAUUCCAGAGUCCACAGAUAUGUCCACCAGUGGACUACCCACCAUCAGUAA